GUACAGGAGAGGAGAGGACACGCAGAGAGCAGACUAGUUGCUAGUGGACAGGGUAACAGCUGACAAAGCGCCAGUUAUGUCCUGGUUAAUGUUUACCCUGAGGACGAGCAGCUCAUGGCCCUGCAACCGUCUGUCCAGCCUGAGCAAUCUGCUGCUGUCUCCGCUCUCCAAGAACCACACGUCUAAAAUGUCGUCAGACUCCCACUGGCUCGCCCCUGCAGACCGGGAUCAGCAGGUGAGGGACCUCAGGGCCACAGGAUGGGUGGAGGUUGAGGACCGUGAUGCCAUCUUCAAAGAGCUUCACUUUAAAACCUUUAAUCAGGCAUUUGGCUUCAUGUCACGAGUGGCUCUACAGGCAGAGAAGAUGAACCAUCAUCCAGAAUGGUUCAACGUUUAUAAUAAGGUCCAAAUUACACUGACUACACAUGACUGUGGAGGACUGUCGAAACGGGACAUUAAAAUGGCCAAGUUUAUUGACAAAAUUGCACUUUCAAUGUAAUGUUUUUGCCUUUAAUCAGAAAAUUCACUUUGUUUUUCUGCUUUCAGUGACUGUUCUGCUCAGACAAAGAAGUAUUCCCCAUAAACAUGAUUGAAUUAAUUAAUUAAUUCUGUUGAUUCAUAGAACUGGGUUCAUUUUAAAUAAAAACUGUGAAAUGUUUUCUAUUUUUAUUGUUUUAUUUUGUUUGCAAUAUUUUUUGUAAAAGCUUUCUGUAAGAAUAAAACUUUGCUUUUGUGAACCUCUGUUGUCUCACCAGGCUUUGGAGAAAACCAUGCCCUUUGGUUAGGUUUCGGGGCUCCAUCACUAACUGA